AUGCCUCGGUUCCCCAGCAGAGCAGGGCUGUUCUUCGGCUCGGUGCUGCUGGCAGCGCUGCUGGCAGAGGGAUGGGGACUCCCCACGAAGAAGCCGAGGGGUUCCCGGCUCCGGAGCCAAGCGAGGCUGGCGGAGAACUCACAUCAGUACCUGUUUUUGCUAACUGAAAAGAAAUCCAAGAGGAUUUUUGCUUUUAUGAAAAAAGGGGGAACAUAUAGCAGCAAUAAAAAUAUGGUUUCAGCCUCCCAAGAUCCCGGCUUUCCUAGGGAAGAGGAGAAGACCCCACUCCAGGCAGGGCCACAGAGACGCAGGCACUGGGUUGUCACUGAGCCAGCAGCUCUGACCCCAGAAGACACAGCCCCUCCUGGGACCCAGGAGGACACCCCCUUGGUUCUGGAGCUGCAGACGCUGCCAGGAUUGGCCAACACGGACUUGAGUACCCCAAGCCCCGAUAUCCAGGUGACCAUCGAGGUGGUGGAGGACCCCCAGGCCAAGGUGGAGAAGGAUGUGCUGGCCAAGCCAAGCAAUGUCUGGCCCUUCGGCUGGCUGUCUACCGCCAUGGAGACCUCCAGGUCCCUCCUCCGGGACUACUUGAGGGGCGAGGAGGCGGGGUCCAGUCUCAAGGACAGAGCACCAAGAGAAGAGGAGGAAGCAGAGGAGGAGGAAGCAGAGGAGGAGGAAGCAAAGGAGGAGGAAGCAGAGGAGGAGGAGUACCUUACAGGCUAUGAGUACAGUGAGAGCGAGGACCAGGAGGACAAUGAUGAGGAAGAUGACAACAAGGAGCAAGACUGGCUGCACCCCUUCAGGGACUUCUACGAUGAUGAGCCUCCACAGGAGUGGGGCCCCUGGUCUCCGUGCAGCGGGAGCUGCGGCAACAGCACCCAGCAGAGGACCCGGCCCUGUGGCUUCGCCUGCACUGUCACCCAGACCAAGGACUGCGACCUGCCCCACUGUCCUGGCGCCAAGGACAAGGACCCCUUGGACUUACCCAGUGAGGAGUGGCCAUUCCUGGCCCCCAAUGCUACGGAUAUUCUGGACUCAGGUGUGGACCACUGUGAGAAGUGGCUGAACUGCAAGAGCGACUUCCUAGACAAGUACCUGAGCCAGGUGCUGCAGGACCUGCCCAGUUGCCCAUGCACAUACCCACCGGAGGCUGCGCACAAGGUCAUGAGCUUGCAGGACAAGCGGACCGGCCGCAGCGUCCAGUGGAGGGACGCCAGUGGCCCGGGAGAGCGCCUGGACAUCUACAAGCCCACGGCAAGCUACUGCCUGCGCUCCCUGCUGUCCUCGGACAGCAAAACGCUGGCCGCCCAGCACUGCUGCUACGACUCCAGCUACCGGCUGCUGACCCGGGGCAGGGGCGCUGGCGCACCUCACCUCAUCAGCAGCGAAGUCUCACCUGAACUGCACUUCAAGUUGGACAAGAUGCCCUGGAUCAUGUGUAAGGGCGACUGGAGCCGCUACCACUCUGUGCGGCCCCCCAACAACGGCUGGGCCUGCCCUGACAACCCUCCCGAGCCGGAGUACCUGGCCCAGCUGCAGGAGGCCAAGGAGUACUGAUGAGAGGGCUGCUGUGCUGAGCGCUUCCCUGGCAGGCCCCUGUCCCUGCCCCUGCCCAGGCUGGGUGAGUGUAAGGGCUUAGCCUGUGAGGCCUGUGAACUCCAGGCUGGUCAGCACCCAAGUGUUGGGUGGGGUUGGGGAGACGGUACAGGGUGUACAGGCUCAGGGUGAGGGGAGGAGCUCAGCCCAGGGUCCCUGUGGGGGCUACCCUCCUGCCUGCUAAGAGGUGCUGUCCCACCCUGGCCGCUCAUUUCCCUCCCCCACCUGGGAGCUGGGCUCUCCUGCCCUGGUUCUGCACACCGGUGUGCGCCAGGCUGUCCACUCUCCACACAGCCUGGUUCCCAGGACCUGCGGUGAAUCACUCAAACCUCCAGUCCCGAGGGCCAGUCCUUUCAUCUCAGCCCCCACAGCUGCCCUUGGUCAGCCCUGGGUGACCAGCCCUCAUUACCUCUGAGUGGCUGCACGUGGCCCUCUUGCCUGCUGGGAGCCACUGAGCAAAAGGGUUUUAUCCUCAGCUCCGAGCUGCCUUUCGGCGGACACCACUUCAGUCCGGGGCUGAAGCUCUCAGUGGACAGACAGGCUGAGGCGGCCAAGCCAGGGCAGGCUCCAGGCAGGGACAGGAUCCCAGGUCAGGUCCCCUUUGUCCAGCCCACCUGUGUUCUGUCCAGGUGGUGGGAGAUGGCACUGCCCCACCUGGGGGAGUGGCAGCUUGUCACAGCAGCCAGGCUUGGGGUGGACUCAGAACCAGCUCAGGAGGUGCGGCAUGCUCCUGGUGCCCUGGUAAACCAGUUCUCCGGGCAGGGAGAAUCCUUGAAUGUAGCAUCUGGGCAACUUUUGUGGUAUAAAUACUCCCACCAUGGCCCAUUCCAGGCUCCCAUGGUGACGUCGUUGAAUGCACUGAGCUCAGAGUUGGGGAGACAAGCACAGUCUGCUCCCCCCACACACCUUGUGCCUCUUCCUACCUCCCCUCACCCCCAACCACACUGCCAUGCCUUCCAUGGGGCUGAAAUGCUGAAGUCCCAGCCGUCCCUGCUCACAAAAGCCUCCGCAGGGUAGGGGAUUUCACUGCUAGCCCCUAGACAGCGGCCUCGAAGCUCUCGGGAUCCUCAGCAAUAAAGCACUUUACGUUCCAA